AUGGACGCAAGACAACAGGAUUACCCGCAGUCAGGUUUGAGCCCGCCCUACCCAACCUUUACCGAACCAGCUUCUGAGAGCAUCUCUGCAGAUCAAGCAUCUGCUGCGCAAUAUCCUCCACAAGGUCACGACCCGCGAGCUUCAAACCUCACGCCCACCUCAGACUACAGCGUGAAUCCAUCCUCUGCGCGCUCAGGGUCAUUCCCAGAGUACAUUCAGCGCUCGUACCAACCAGGCGCUCAAGGGCCAGCACCAGGCGGUAUGGCGCAACAACAGAGUCCGUCAAUGUCUAUUCCAGAUGGUCAAACACAUGACCAUCAACAACCACAGCAACUCAAGUCUGACUCGGAUGUACCUAUAGAUCCAUCAAUCGCCGCCGCGACGAGCCCGACCUAUCCUCACCAACAGCAAUACUCGCCUUACACACCUCAUCAUGAUAUGCAGCAUUACCCCGGGCAUCCCCAAACCCCCAUGUACGCGUCACGACCUGAAUGGGCGGGUCAAUACCCUCAACCCGGCAUGCACUAUGCUCACCCUGCUACGUCAGGCCCUCCUUCGGCAGCAAUGGUCUCUCCUGUCCAGCGACCACCUACGGGAGGUCAUCCAUUGUCGACGGUUUACUCGUUCGUGCCAAUCCCGGGCGCGCAACAACAUAAACGACCGAGACGGCGAUACGAAGAAAUCGAGCGCAUGUACAAAUGUGGUUGGAAUGGCUGCGAAAAAGCGUAUGGCACUUUGAAUCAUUUGAAUGCGCACGUCACGAUGCAGUCCCACGGAGCGAAGCGAACACCAGAAGAAUUCAAGGAAAUUCGCAAGGAAUGGAAAGCCAAGAAGAAGGAAGAAGAGGCCGCGCGUAAGGCCGACGAAGAACGCCACCGCGCCGACGUGCAGCAACAUGUCCAGCAGCAACAACGGGCAGCGCAUGAGGGUGCCCCUGGCGGCGAGCCGCCAGUAUAUGGGCAGAUGCGACAGGCCGUUGGGGUGCCAGGUCAACCACCUUCUCAUCCUCAGCUUCCACCCAUUGGCUAUCAGCCGGCUGCUUCUGGCAACACGGCUGCUCCUCAGUACGGAACGCAGAGUCCGGGUCUUCCCGAGGGAAUGGCGCAGUAUGCUACUCCAAACAGCAACGCCUACCACAGUCCAAAUAGUAACAACAGCAGUUAUCCCCAAUCGCCGUACGGACAGAAUCCGCAGAUGUAUCAGCAAAAUCAUUAG